CAUAUCGUUAAAUCGUUAGAAUUCCCAGAAAGAAAAUGUUCCGAGACGUUUACAGUGCUUCCAAGUAGAGUACCAAAGAGGAAUUCUGUCAUAGAUGAGAGAGCUAGACUGACGGAGUUGAAAAUACAUCUCUGACAACGAAAUCGAAGGAGAAUGUAUUGCCUACAGUGGUUGAUUCCGGUGUUACUAAUACCAAAACCAGUAAAUCCAGCAUUACUGGACACACAUGACAUGUUCAUGGCACUCUAUCUACUUGGAUUCUUCCUAGAACGAAAACCAUGCACUAUUUGUAGUAUAGUAUUUCUUGUCACAGUUUCCUUAAUUUGUUACAGUGGCAUAGGUAAAUGUCUCCUUUGGAGCACAAAUUGUGAUACAGUGAGAUGUGGUAAUAGUUAA